AUGAUGAGUGGGACGAAGAUGGACGAGGAUCUCGGUCCCGAUCGCGGGGACGAUCACUUUCACACCGAGGAUGAAGAAAACCAGGCACACCGGGGGUGUGAGCAGUAUGAAACCGACUCCGAAUCCGAUAUCAUCAGAGUUCCCACACCAAACUUAUCACAGAACUCCAUUGACAUUAAUACUAAUGCAUGGCCUCAAAGCUACAGGCAAUCGAUCGAUAUGUACACAAGUGUGACACCACCUUCCUUCGUGUUUUUACGAGCUUCUAGUAUUACAUCUAAUUUCUCUAUCCUUGACAAGAGGCACUCAAUAUCAUCUGAUUCUGAUUCCAGUUCUACUAGAUUACUAAUCUCUCAAAAUUGGUUAGACAAAGAACUUCCUCCCUCACCUUCCCAAGCUGCCAAACUUUACUCUUCCUACGUCUCAAAAUGCUCCUCCCUGAAUGAGUUGCCACCACCGCAAGAGCGAUGCUGUUCUUUUUCUCAGGCUGUAAUCAAUGGAAUCAAUGUGCUUUGUGGGAUAGGGCUCCUUACAACCCCAUAUGCUAUUAGGGAAGGAGGGUGGUUGAGCCUUAUACUGCUUGCACUUUUUGGUGUCAUCUGUUGCUAUACUGGAAUUUUAUUGAAGAGGUGCUUAGAAAGCUGUCCAGGACUCCGAACCUACCCGGAUAUUGGCCAGGCAGCGUUCGGGUCAGCUGGCCGCUUUUUCCUAUCUAUAAUAUUGUAUCUAGAACUAUAUGCUGCUUGUGUAGAGUUUUUGACUAUGAUGAGUGAUAACUUGGCAUCAGCAUUCCCAAACACACAUAUGACAUUUGCUGGUAUCCAUCUGGAUUGCCACCAAAUCUUUGCCAUCACAUCAACCCUUGUAAUUCUUCCAACAGUAUGGCUUCAAAACCUUAGUUUGCUCUCUUACCUCUCAGUUGGAGGAGUAGUUGCUUCAAUCUUGGUUGCCCUUUGCUUGCUGUGGGUGGGUGUGGUGAACCAAGUUGGAUUUCAUCACAAAGGAUCAGCCCUACACCUUGCAGAUAUCUCUGUCACAAUUGGAAUAUAUGGUUUCGGCUUCGCUGGCCAUUCGGUUUUCCCUAAUAUCUACACAUCGAUGAGGGAACCAUCGCAAUUUUCAGCAGUUCUAAUAACCAGUAUUACUUUUUGCUUCUUCAUAUACACUGGCGUAGCAGUAUGUGGCUUUAUGAUGUUUGGAGACUCAACCCACUCUCAGUUCACUCUAAACAUGCCCAAACAAUUUGUUGCUUCUAAAAUUUCAGUGUGGACAACAGUUGUGAUCCCAAUGACAAAGUAUGCCUUGACGAUGACACCAGUGGCCUUGAGUUUGGAGGAACUCUUUCCCGAUGCUUGGAUGGGAUCUCACUUAGUUUCGAUCUUCGUUCGAACACUUCUAGUUCUAUCAACUUUGGUUGUGGCAAUGAAUUUUCCAUACUUUGGCUCUGUGAUGGCAUUGAUUGGAUCCUUUGUAGCAAUGCUAGUGGCUGUUGUCUUCCCAUGCAUGUGUUAUCUCAAGCUACACAGAGGUAGAUUAACUAAGUUGCAGAUUGCAACUUGCAUUAUGAUUAUCAGUGUGGGGGCGGUGUGCUCUAUUAUUGGAACUUAUUCUGCAAUUUCAAGAAUAGCUGAGCAAAUUGUGGAGUGA